AUGGCCAUGGUAGAAUCGAAAACUCCCAACUAUGCCUUUUGGCAAGAGGAGCAACUUCGGCGAUUAGACAUGGAAGAUUACUGGGCACGUAGAGAACAAGAACAUCUCCCACCCGUGCACACAUCACAGGGACAUCUCCCCUCAUUAGAAAUGAAAAGAGACGAAUGGGCAGCACUAUACCGACCCAUCAUGGAAGGAAUCGAUCGGAGUCAGGGAGUCAUUGAUAGAAAUGGAAUCGAAUUCAUCGGACAGCAAUGUGCCAAGAUGAGAGAAUUACUCUUGAGGACGCAUCGACAAACCCUUCAGUAUCGAGCUAAAGGGCGCGUGUGGCGGGGUUUGCGCAAUCGUUCUGAGCAGUAUCUUUUGGAGUUUCGGAGGGCGACGCAGUAUUAUUUUGCGAAUCAGAAGGAGGGGGGAGAUCAGAAAAUGGAUCCGGCGAUUUUUCGGACGGCUGUGGCGGAUUUUCAUGCUGCGCUUACGACUACUCUUAGGGUUCUUCGUGUAGCUUUGGGAGAGGAAGAGAUUCAGGUGGAAGCUAAUGAGGUUGAUUAUGAUUCGGAUGAUGGGGAGCCUAUCAUUAAUCUGAGGAUUAAUUAUAGCACACCUCAGCCAUUCAGUGAUCUUGUUCAAGGGAUCAUCGAGAUGAAAAAUUUAGCGCAAAAGAGAGCAAUGAAUAAGUCUGGAGCUGUUGCUAUAAUUCGAGAAGAACCGAUAGGAGAGAGGGGGAGACUGCUGGAGAGAGUGAAGGAUCAGACGGAAGAGAUUGAAAAGUUGCAGAGACAAAGGCAAGAUUUAGUCAAUGCACGAGGUGCCCCUCAACCUAAUUCAAAUUGUGCAAGAGAGAAAGCCGAAAUCGAUCGUUUGGAUAGUGAGUUGGGCAAAGCAUGGGCAAAACAAGAUGAACUGAGACGACAAUGUGAUCAACAAACCGAAUAUAUCGAGGCCUUAUCAAGAGGCCACAGGCCCGUAGAGGCCCGAAGGGAUGGAGCAGAUGGUGUUCAUCUCUCCAACACCAUCUUUGACGAAUUGUGCAAACAUUUCGAAGGCUAUCAUGAUAACGCAGAGCAAUCUCUAGCCCGUGUCAAAAUUCUCGAGGACAAUUUGCGGAGUGUGAUACUUCAUCCCGAGGAAGAGCAGAGGAAAAUAAUGAAUCAGAAGUUGCAAAAUGAAUUGGCCAACACCAGAACCCUUAUGACUGCUAAAAAUACCCUCGUUGCCGAUCUACGAAAGCAAUUAUUUGAUGCUCAGUCAGCUCACAAAAUAUUGCAAGAGAGUAGCGAUGGGGCAAGGAAGAAACUGCAGGAAGUGACCGCUCAAAGGGAUGAUGCCAUUAAAAAAUACGAGUCGGUCAUGAAGCUAGAGUCUCAGUUAAAGGAUAGUGGAGCUGGCAUUUCGAAGGAGGUAAGGACAAGAUUAGAGGAAGAGUUGAAUGUUUACGCGGCGAGGAUCACGGAAUAUGAAAAAGAUAUCUAUCUUGCAAAGAAGAGCGUAGGGGAUCUUCAGCAACAAAUUGUGGAUAGAGAUGGGGAAAUUAGAGGCUUAAAAACCAUGCUUGAGUAUGAUCGUGAUGCAAGUAGGGAUCGACAGGAAAUCCAGGAUCUCAGAGAGAGAAUUAUCAGCAUGACCAUUACGACAUCUACUGCAAAAGCUAUGAGAUAUGUGAUCAGUGAUCUGAUACAACUAUAUCAAAACACCAUCGCUACUCUACAAGCUGCGAAUGAUGAAUUGAGAGCGCAUCCUCCCGACGAGGUUGAUCCAGAUGGUCCUCUUGCCAAAGCCAUUGACGAUCUUGCGGAGCGGGACAAACGCGUCACGGAAUUGGGUAUUCAAAUUGCCGAUAGCAGUAAGAGACACGGGGAAGUAAUAAAGGAGCUUCAGGCAAGACUCGAAGAUGCGAGAUUAAAUGCUAAUGGUAUCUCGCCCGAAGGACUGAGAAAUUUGAGGAGGAAUCUGGCCGAUUGUAAAAGACGGCAUGAGGAUGAUCAAAUCAAGAUUACAAGUCUGGAGGGACAGCUCGAUGCUUCUGAUCGGCGUGGUCAGCAUCAGUGGAAACAAUUAGAAAGGUAUAAACACAUUGUCAAGACGGGUGAAGGAACUGCCGCGGGGGCAAGUAAGAAACUUGAUGAACAGAGAAUAGUUGAGCUUGAGAUCGAGAAUGAAGCAUUGGAAGAAGAGUUAGAUAAAGCUGAAAAGGCAAGAGAAAAGAAAGCGGCAGAUGAUAGAAAGGCAGCCGAAGAAGUACAUGAAAAGCAAUUAGAGGAAGCGGCAGCUGAUCAAGCCCUUAGAGAUGAAAGUGUAGCAUCAUUUGAUUCCAAUGAAGAAAUCAACAAGGAGCAUAUAGCCAGAAUCAAAGCUCAAGGAGACCUACUUAGGAAACGGGAGCAAGAACUCCGGGAUCUCCAAAUCCAGUUUAAUGUUGCACAGCGAACUCUAGAGAGUCUCCAAAAACAACGAGAAGGGUACCAACAACUAAUACGAGAUCUUCGAAGAGAUAAUAGGGGACUUCGAGAAGCAAACCAGGAUGCGAAUCCCGGUGCUCCAGAUGACUCCGACAAGAUCACCGAGCUGGAGACCCAACUUAGUGAGCUGGAAACAGAUCUCGCAACGUGUAAUGAAACAGGAGCUACGCUUCAAUUACAGAGAGAUGCAGCCAUCGCAGAGAAUGAGGGAAAUAAGAAGAAGAUGGCUGAUUUACAGACAGCACAUGACGCAAUGGCUGGCGAGGGUCCUAAACUAGGAUUGAAACGCAUCAAGACCAGAAUUGCCAAUCAAGCCAAAGCAACUAAGGCCAGAAAUAUUGCAGCUAGAGAAGCUCAAGAAGCUGCAGAAGAGGCUGCUAGGGAACAGGCUAGAAAAGAUAAAGAAGAUCCUGCUAGGGAGAAGGCUAGAAAAGCUAAAGAAGCUGCAGAUGGGGCUUCUAGGGAGAAGACUAAAAAAGCUAAAGAAGCUGCAGAUGAAGCUGCUAGGGAGAAGGCCAAAAAAGCUAAAGAAGCUGCAGAUGAAGCUGCUAGGAAGAAGGCUAAAAAAGCGGCAGAAGAAUCUAAGAAAAAGAAACCACCACCUGAAGAUGAUGAGAAUGAUAAGAGUGAUGACGAUAAUGACCAAGGGGCCGCUGGAGGGGUCGCUGAAGAUGACCCCGGAGAAGAUGAGUCUGAAAAUCAGGAAGGAGCAGGAGCAAAAACAAAACCUCCCGCCCCUGCACCGCCUAGUAAAACCCGACCGGCAUCAAAAAAAAAGGCAAAAGCACCCGCUAAGGCAAAGACACCUGAACCUGAUGAGACUGACUCCGAUGCCGACGAAUCAGCGGUAAUUCCUUCCCCGACAGGUAGAGUAACUCGAGCUACAGCCAAGGCUCUAGCGUCCAUGACAGUAGAAGAAAAGCUAAAACAGGCCACCGAAGAAAGGCAAAGGCUAGAAGAUGAAGAGAAGGCGAGAGAGGCGAUUGCUCAACAGAAGCGGGAAGAAAAGGCAUUGAAAGAUGCGGCAAAGCUGGCCAAGGCCGAAGCGGCAAAGGCUGAAGAUGUUCUAGCAAAGAAAGCUCAGAAAGCCGCAGAAGCUGCAGCAAAGAAAGUUAAGAAGGCUGAAGAACUCGCAGCAAAGAAAGCUAAACGGGCAGCAGAUCUUGCAGCAAAGAAAGCUAAGCAAAAAGGAGAAGCAGUUACAAAAAAGAAAGCUAGACAAGAAGCGGAAGGUGCGGCGGAGCAAAAAGAUGAGGUGGAAGAGAGCAAAGAGGAGGGAGAGGAAGAAAAGAAAGAGGAAAAGAAAGAGGAAGAACCGCGUGCCGAACCACCUCGCAAGAAGUCAAAAGCCAACACAGGUCGAGCAGCCCCUCCAGCACCAGCACCAGAAUCGCAGAAAGGAAAAGCCCCUGCCAAAGGGUCCCCAGCCCCAGCCGCAGAUGCAGCUUCCCCAGCACCAGAGCCAGCGGCAGCGCCAGGAAAGAAAAGAAAAGCCAGAGGAGCCCCAGCCGCAGACGCAGCUUCCCCAGCGCCAGCGCCAGCGGCAGUGCCAGAAAAGAAAAGAAAAGCCCCUGCCAGAGCAGCCCCAGCCCCAGCCGCGGCUCCCGCACCCAAACCUGAUAAGGCACCCGGCAUGGACGAUGCUGAUGAAUUUGAGGUCGAACUAGAUCUAGAAGGGGAGGUUAUUGAAACCGAAUCCGCAAGCGCGGAAUUUUCUGCCGAACCACGAAAAUCUAGUUUCGCAACGGUAAGACCGGCUUCAAGACCUAGUGUCACAUUUGAUGAACAGCAGUAUGUUAGGGAGCCAGAGGAGCAAGACGAGCCAGAGGAUCAGGACGAGCUAGAGGAUCAAGACGAGCCAGAGGAGCAAGAGGAGCAAGAGGAGCAAGAGGAGCAAGAGGAGCAAGAGGAGCAAGAGGAGCAAGAGGAGGAGUCGAUGGCUGAGGAAGAUGAGUUGGUGGCCGAAGAGGAUGAGCUAGUUGUUGAGGAGGAGUUGGUACCUAAGGAAGCUGAGUUGGUAGCCGAAGAAAGUGAACUGGUUGCCGAGGAUUCGGUGGCAGAGGAGAAUGAGUUUGUGAUGUUCGAGGAUGAUUUGGAGGUGACUGGAGCGAAUAGGGGGGUGAAGAGAAGUUCGCAGGGUCCUGAUUCUCCGUCGGAUAGGUCGAAGAGAGCUAGGAUUUGA